GGAUUUUUCAGGGUCUCUGUGAAGCACAGAAAAAGGCGAAGGGAGCAGAGGAGUUUUCUGAGUUUCCGUUAUCCAUUUCAUCAUCUUCUUCUUCUUCUUCUUCUUCUCUCAAAGAUUUUCAGCGAAAAAAAUAAUAAUAAUCGCCGAUUUUGCUCAGAAGCCAUGGUUUCCGACUCGAUCACCAACGUUUCCAUUCCUUCGGCCCCAAAAAGCGCCAGGGAUUUGGGCAAGAAGAAGAGGGCCAGGUCGGCGAAAUUGAAGCAGUGCAAGCUGGACGUUCGCCGCGAGCAAUGGCUUUCUUCAGGUGCGGUGGUGAAGAAGGAGUGCAAGGAGGAACAGAACGGCGGUGUUCAAGGUCGGAGAGAGCGGAAUAGCCCUAGGGAAAUGGGGCCUAGAGAAGGAGAGAACGUCAGAUCGAUCCACCAUGACAGCGAUUUGGACUCGAACAGUCCGUCCAGCUUCACGAGUAGUGUGUUGGGCGGCCACGAUUCGGAGACUUUCACCGGCUCCAGCAGCAGUAGCAGCAGCGGUGACUGUUGCUCCGGUAAUAUCACCGAGGAGGAUGAGGAUGAUGGCUGCCUGGAUGAUUGGGAGGCUGUGGCGGACGCCUUGGCGGCGGAUGAGAAGCCGAAGAACCAGAAUCCAGAGCCGCAAAGGGAGCAUGAAGCGAUUGCGAAAUCGGUUCCCGCUAGUCAGAUUGAGAAUUCGAAACCCCAGUGUGCUAGAGCUAUGCCGAAAGCGUGGAGGCCUGAUGAUGCUUUUCGUCCCCAGAGUCUGCCCAAUUUGGCUAAGCAGCUCAGCUUACCGAAUUCCAGCGGGAAAAGAUUCGGUGGUGGUGGUGUUGCGUGGGGCUGUAACAGUGUGGUAUCUCCGCCAUCUUCGUGUCCUAUAUGCUACGAGGAUUUGGACUUGACAGACACCAGCUUCUUGCCGUGCUUGUGUGGAUUCAGGCUCUGCCUUUUCUGUCACAAGAGGAUUCUUGAGGGGGAUGGUCGCUGUCCCGGCUGCAGGAAGCCCUAUGAGAGUGAGCCUGUUGAGGCAGAGACAAGUGUCCAUGGAGGUAGUCUUACAUUCAGGUUGCCUCGUUCGUGUAGCAUGAUCACAAGGUCUUAAGGAAGAGCUGCUCGUGAUAUAUGUAUGCUGGUCUCUAAUUUCUUUUCGUGGGAUUUUCGUGUUCUCGCAGUCUUAGUAUUUGGUUUCAGUAGUUAGAUGUGGGUAUAGGGUUUUGAGCGCCCGGGAAUUGACCUGCUUCUAUUAUGAGUUGGUUCUUAUGUGCUGAUGUAGAGGACUCAGUGUUCGAAUGUGAAUAGAUAAGGCGGUAUAGAAAUUCAAUAUAUGAAACAGACACACAGUAUGUGAUGGUAUUUCCUUUUCAA